AUGCAAAGAAGGACUAUCAAGGACAUUUCUGUUGAAGGUUUUCUGCGAAAGAAACCAAGCAAUCGAGUGGUAAGAACGAAUAAUUAUUGCUUUGUUUGUUAAAAAAAAUGUUCAAACGUGACUCGAGGCAUUUUUUUCUUACGUUGUAGGUUUAUUCAAUCAGCGUUACAUGGUCGGAUAAAUCUGCCAAUGUUAUCUAUCGAAGAUACAGCGAAGUUAAAGAACUUGAGGUGAAGAUGAACAUAUAAAAUGGUACUGGCUCCACGAGUGUACUGAGCGGAAUAGACAGUUGAUACAUCAGAAGUUGUUUAAUAAAUAGAGUUGUUUAUUGAUUGAAUUGUUAGCCUGUUCCAGGCGUUCGGAUAGUGGAGUGCGCUGUCCCCACGAUCUGAAGGCCUGGAACAGGCAUGAACAGGCUAUUGAAUUGUUCGAUAAGUUUUCUUUACAAUGUCUUUGGUUUGGACCAGAAUGCUCGUGAGAUCGUGGACAGCAGUUUUCCGGCAGAGCAUUAAAUUUUUUCUUGGUACAGCCUGGGGGAAACCCGUUAAUACGAUCGCCACUGUGGGCAAUUAACCCUGAUUACAUAACGUGUGGCUGUAUUAAAGAGUUUUUUAGAGCAUAAGAUGAGUGACUGUCUUGAAAAUUGGCUCAAAAUAGUGCAGGUCGCAAUAACGAGGCGUUUUUCAGUUUGAAAGAGGUGGGCGUUAAGCCGAAGUCCCCUAUGUACUGUUAUGUAACGUAAUUUAACUUACUUGUGUUACGUUGUUUCUUCUCAAUAAUACAGCUUUCUCUCCUGGAAGAGUUUCCAAGCUAUAAGAAAGAAAUAAUUUCGUCUUCACUCCAAGGUUAGUAGAGACGAGUAAUGAUGACAAUUUGCAUCAUUUAGAUCAUCAAUCACAUUGCACGUAUUUAACCCAUGUGAUUAGGGUGAAUAUAAUACAGAAAUGUUCUACUUUUUAAAGACCUUUUUCGUUUUGUAACGCUAAUGACUGGACACUGAAAGGCUGCAUUUCAUUUAGCAGUUAUGCGCUUAUAAAGAGGCAAUGGCGUUUUGCACGUCCACAUUAAAAAGGGUAGCUUAAACGGGGAACGAUUUGUUAAAAAGUUCUACGUACGAGUGGACAAAAUUAAAAGCUCCAUGCAAACGGAAGCAACAAUGUUAACCAACAUCUCCCAACAUUUUUGGAUGUUACAUGUUACAUUGAAUCCAGCGGCGUUUAGACACCUUGUUACAUGUUCCUGCGAGUUGUUGCGUGUUGCUGCGUGUUGUUUCUGCGUGUUCCUGCGUGUUGUUGCGUGUCGCUGCCUGUUGCUCCUGCGCGUUCCUGCGUGUUGUUGCGUGUCGCUGCCUGUUGCUCCUGCGCGUCCCUGCGUGUUGUUGCGUGUCGCUGCCUGUUGCUCCUGCGCGUUCCUGCGUGUUGUUGCGUGUCGCUGCCUGUUGCUCCUGCGCGUUCCUGCGUGUUGUUGGGAGUUAUUGCUCAAAGUUUGAAACCGGUUAAACUUUUGAUCCAACGACUCCCACCAUUUCUUUUUUUCCGUACAUGAUUUUUUUCGUUCAUGAUUGUUGAAGCGGGGUGUUUCUUAGAGUUGCGGAAACCAUUGCUGAUUCACUUUUGUGUUUGAGAUGUGGGUAUUGUUCAGCAUCUUUUCAAUCUUUUGUAUUACGUCUGUUAUACUACCACAUGGGAAAUUUCUGCAAACUGAUUGGCUUAGAGCAGUAAUAUUUCAGCUUAAUUUGAAAUACCUACAUGUGAAAAUUACAAACCGUUUGCGGGUAGUAGUAUAAACAAAUAAUAGCUUGAUUUGUACGUGAUAUUCGGCAUAAAUACCACUCGUAAUAUUUCAAAAUUGUCACAAAUUUCACUCGCCUAACAGCUCGUGAAAUUACGUAUAACAAUUUCGAAAUAUCACUCGUGGUAUUUAAGCUAAAUAUCACUACAAAUCAUGCUAUUACCUAUACAAAUACUAAAAAACAUCCCCGAAGCGUAGCGUAACAGUGUUAGAUCCGUUUACACAGCUCCUUCCACAUUUUUGGGGCAAAGCAAGCGCGAAGGUUUUCCGAAUCAUUCACGUGUGUAAAGUAUUGUCGAUCGAAUUAUUUUAAUUCAUCAAUAUUGAUGGCAUAAUGGACUGCAAUUCUUAACAUUGUCAUUCUUGGGAGUUGUUGCUCAGCCGUUUGCACACCACUGCCAACGCUUUCCGUUAUGUUCAUUACUGAAGUUAAAUGAUAUGCCGAAAAAGGUUUUGCAUGGUUUCUUCUUCUCACUCUCCUUAUUUUCAUGUUCCCCCAUUUCUUUCCUUCGUAAGAAGAUUCUUGUGACAUUCUCUCACGGCAUACAUUGGUUCAUAUCUUUGUUAUAACUUAACUAAGUCAGUGACCGGUGCUUAGCUCUCAAGAUGAGAAGGGAUCAUUGGAGAAAAUAGAAGAGGGAUUUUCAUUCGAAUGUCAGCACUUUGUUAAAAUUCAGCAGCAAGCAGCAUCACUGUCUCUUCCUAGGGCCCUGUUUUCUUGCCCUCUUAUUUUCCAAACCAUAGCUACAUUUUGUUCCGCUAAUUUUUGAAAACAUUUCUAACCUUCUGUUUUAGAGAGGAGAAAGAUUAACCCAACAAGUGUUCGAAAAAAGGAGGAAAAAAUCAAGAAUUUUAUAUCAGUAAGUUAGCAAGUCCAAGCUCAUUACUUCUUUUGAGAUCUACAAAUUCAAAACACGAGGCUGUGAGAAAUGAAAAUGUUCACAUUUGUUGGCGCUUAAGGCUGUGUUUACACUAUAUCGGAUAACUAGUGCGCUGCCACGAAAAUCAUACAGGAUAGGGAUUCUGCUCACACACGAGAACGGUUGUGGCGCCUCAAUUUUUGUGACAGAGAGAAGUUGCGACGCGCACAUCUCUAAGGCGGAGGGUAACAUAUCGGAUAGGAGUUUUAUACGGUAUAGAGUGAACGUAGUCUAAUUGUUGGACUUUUAACUACAUUUAAACAGUUGCUGGCAGAGUGGGCACUUCUCGUGAAAUUCAGUGUUAUUUAUUACUUUAAAGAAGCUGAUGGCUUUGCCUGAAGAAAUUUCACAGUCACAACCGGUGAUAAGAUUGUUUACCCCAAGAAUUGAGGAUUUAGAGUGGCAAGAAUCUGACCGCACUAAGUAAGUUAAAUUUUUUGAUUAUGUGUGUGAAGGUGUUCAUAAAGGACCUUUGUGCUCUUCGUUUAUUUAUUCAAACACGAGAAAAAGUGUCUCACCUAAUCAAAACAACGAGAGGUGUUUAAAAAGGCAAGACGCAACAGGAACGGACGUCCAUGAGAGAGCAUUAUUCUUCUGAUCAGGCACAAUUAAAAGAAAGGUCUUGUAGCCUCUUAAGCUAUCCCGUCAACCAAAGCCGGGCAGGAAGUGGGGGAUAUUUUUAACAUUUUAGAAGGAAAAAGAAAUCUUUCUGACCAUUUGAGGCUUCCGCCAAUAUCAUGUUAGGCGGAAUAUCAUAAAACUAGGAUCCUAGGCAAUUAAGCUGUAAAAUGGCGAUAACAUUUUUUCAGUCUUGGAAUAGCCUGCGAGCAAGCUCUCCUGGACGCUCUGGCAGCGGGGAGGAAAAGGAGGGAGAGUUUGCAAAUACGUCUCUCUCUGGAAUUUGAAUUCCCCUGUGGCUCCCCGUCGAGUGAGCUGUCAGAUUUCUGCCAAUCAGCGCGAAGCGGAAACGAGCGCGAAUGAAAACAAACAUUGAAAAACACGUGCCAAGGGUAGUGACGUCAUUACUAAUGUCAUUUCCGUCCAACCAGCUUUGCGCAUCGAAUUUUUCUAUGCAGAUAUUCAAAAUCCGGUGACGUAGUUGCAAGCUCUCUCUUUCCUUUCCCGCCACUCCGCCAGAACGCCACGGAGAGCUUGCUCGCAGGCUAGUCUUGGAAGAUCAGUCACUCAGAUUAGAUGGCCUUUGAAGGCUAGGAGAAUGGUCAAUUAUUUAACACUCCCCCCUCUGAUGUGUAACCCAGGUGCAUAAAGCAACUUCAUUUAGAUUAAGCGGGAAGAAUUUCUGCUGUUUUCACCGGUGCUGCCCAUGCACUCUUUUGUCGACCUUUACGAGCCUUGAAAUCCCACUCCUCCUGAAGAAAUUAUAUGAAACAUUCCUGUACUUAAUAAUUUGCCCGCAGGGAUCAAAAAAAGGCGAAGUCCAAAUCAAGGCGGUAUUUCGUCAGAAAGAUUUCAGCUAGGAGGAAAUCUUUAAAAGAAGGUAAGAAAGAUUAUGUCGAUUCAGAAUUUUUCCCUGGGAGUGUACAGAAAACGCACCGCGAGAACUGUCUUUUGGCGGUAACUGACAGGUCUGACAGUCUUUGCAAAAGUAACCAUAAGAAUUCUGUAAGGUCAGAUAAUUCAAUAAUAAAACUCUUAAUAAACUAGUUGUUGAUCUGAAUGGUCAAUAAGCCGCCAUAUCAUAUUAUAUUGGCCAUCUAUAAGGCAAGCAAUGAUGUCACUGACUGUGAAGGUUCUUAAUAUGUUGGGUGCGUUUCGAUCCGUCUCUUGUGAUUGUAACAUCUUUCAGUGUCUGGCCAGCUAAAUUUGUCGGUUUUUGAAGACAUCUUCUAUCUUCUUCUUAUAGUCUAGCAAAAAAUACGCGCAGCUCAAUGUAUACUACGGAGAUGCUAAGUGGUCUUAGUGGCUUGAGCACAGUUUAGUUGUAGUAAAUUUUCUUAUCUAGAUUGCAAGGGGCUAUGUCAUGCACUAUUAUUAACCACAACAAAAUAAGCUUUUAAUUUGAAAGAAAAGCCUUUUUAUGAACCAAAUACCUAAAAAGGCGAUUUCCAAUUAGACGUCACACUCCCAUUUUACGCUUAUAACUUGGUAAUGUUUCGUUUCUUUCCGUUUUUUUUUAUUCUCAGGCAACAUUGGGGAGCCUGCGCUUCUGGAGCAAUAUAUGGUUCUCAAGAAUUACAAGAAGCAGUACCACAACGACAUCAAACUUACUAAUGGUUUCACAGUGGAUGUUAUUGAAAAGCAUGAAAGUGGUAAGGAUUUUUUUAAAAUUGUAAUCAUAAGAGAGAAAUAACUUCCUUUAACAAACAAGUUAAAUCAUGUACGCAGAAAUGCUCUUUAUUGACUUUAGAGCUGUCUUCUUAUUAUCCUCUUAUCCGAGACUGGACCUUAAGCAAAUCGUUGCGGACAUCACAACUAACCUGCUCUGCCUAGAUAUGUAAAUAGUCAAUUAAGUACUUGUCUGGUUGUGUUCUUUAUUGCAGGCUGGUGGCUUGUAGAUUGCGAUGGUGAUAUAGGAUGGGUACCAGCUUCAUUUAUGCAGCCUACAGCCAGUGGAACUAACAAUAAUGACGACGACAUCAUUACUGAGUCUUUUCCUCCUGGACGAGGUAGGAUUUCACUAAUAAUUCACCUUGUAGGACAAAAACGGUAUCACUGAAAAGCCCCGCAGGGGAGUGUACAAUAAAAUUCUCACUCUUACUCUUUCCUUUACUCUAUAUCUCGUGCUGUAGAGGGUAAGUGGGUGGGAUAACAGUAGAAUUUAAGUAUCUGUCCAAAAUCUGCCUUUUCAUAUAUGGAUAAAACAACUUGAGAGCUGAGUCGACCAAAGCCGGCAUCGACAUGCGCAUGAGUCCAUCGCGGCAACCGCCGCAAUGCCAAGGACGACCACCUACCCAUUAUGCAAUGCGCACAUCUCUGAGAGGUUGAGCUAGUCUCGUUCAAACAAAUCAGUAUAAGGCUAGCGCCCUGUCAAAACAAUACAGCCAAGCUUGAAUAAUAAGAGGCUACAGGCAGACUACUUAUAAAUGCUUGGCAUACAAGCUAAGACGUCGACUAAGUCCAAAAAGGAAAAGGGCUAUAUAUUUGUGUUAACUUUAACAAAUCGAUAACAAUUUUCCUCGGACUGUACUCUUAUCGACUAUAGAAAUGACUUCAAAACUUUUAAAACUCAAGUGGAACCACGAGCCACAGACGAGUGGUUUCACAGCAAAGUUUUCAACAUUUUGACUUCAUUUCUAUGGUCGAUAAGAGUACAGACCUUGGAAAAUUGUUGUCGAUUUGUUUUUUACAACAGCAUUUACAGUUUUUGACGUCCAUUUAGGUUGCAGUUUCUCGGGAAAUCUUGCGCGAAGAAAGAGAAAAACAAAUUGCGCCACCAUCACGUCAUUGCCACUGUCUGUACUCUUAUCGACCAUAGCUCUCGACCAAUCACCGCGCGAGAAAUCGCUCGGUUAUUGUAACAUAUGACUUGGAAUAAAAAGAUACCAUUUAUAUCAAAAGUACCAUCAUCAUUCCAUGUCUCUUAUUCUUUCCUUUUUUUUCCUUCUAUUACGCAGGCGAACUGCACAUGACAACUCAGUCGUACGAGGCAAAGAAUGAGGACGAACUAAGCUUUGACAUAGGCGUGCACCUUGAAGUGAUCGAAAAAACCCUGGAUGGGUGGUGGAGAGCAAUGUAAGAAUGAUUAAAAUUGCACUAACAGGCUAAUCUUUACUCUAAACAGAAACUCGAUCUUUAAAGCGUACCCAAGGCAUUGAAAUAAAGUAUUAAAAUAGCUAAGGGAGGUUCCCCCCGAUCUCUCUUAUUCGCUUUCGUCUUUCAUUUUACAUGCCCCGACAUUUUUUUCCAGUUUUUCUUCACUUUCAUAUUCUUGCUUCGCUUUGAAGUGCUUAUUUUAACCUUAACCCAUGCAACAGACAACUGUAUUGAAACUUUGCGUAAGCAAAUCGCCUACCGCAAUACAUAAAAGAGACAUUCAGUUUGGUUAACACGACAGAAACAGAGUGAUCAUAAUCAACACGAGCUGAAAAAUAAGGGUCAGGCAGUAUUUACUUUAACCUUGUCUUUUGCAAACAUGAGUUUAAAGGAAGGCAAGUAAACAUGCAAUAUGACAUACUCGUCUCUUUUAACUAUCUCUAAUUAUCGAUCUUUAUCAGUUAUAUGGAUAAGGAGGGCCUAGCACCUGCUUUGUACCUGAAGAGGCUUGGUUCCGCAGCCGGCGCUGCCCAAGUGGGUUUACGGCGAAAGUCUGGCAUGAGCAUGUGGCUUAGAGAGAACACAGGCGACAUUGAUGAGACUCAUUCACCCAACGGAGUCAUGGCUGGUACAUCAAACCGUAAGUAAUAAGUGAUUGGAUAGUUUGCUUUCAUGAAAUAGCAGAGACUAAUAUUGAAAAACUAGUUCGUGUCCCAAGUGACCAUAAUAAUCAUUCUAAGAGGAGUAAGUUAUCUGCCUCAACCCCACAGAAGAAGUUAAAUUCUUAGAUAUGGAAUGUCUAGUCAGUGCAGGGAGGAAUCUAUACAUUUCCUACUGCUUGUGUCUUAAAUAUCGUCGGCGCCGAAUGAUAUAAGAAAACGCGAAUAACAGUUAAUGCCUAUAUAUCUCUUGUAAAAAGUUUAGCACGAUUUAACUGUUUUGAUUUCAGUUUUAGUACCUGUCUGGAAUGGAUCUCGACGACACAGUUCAAGUGAGGUAAGCCCUGAUUAGCUGGCCAGGUAGCUUAGUCUUGAGUUUGAUUUCUAGAGAAGGUGUAAUACUCAGGGUCUUGAAGAAGUUGGUAUUAAAAAGAUUAAGCACCACGGCAGAGGUAACCACUUGAACUGUUUUUCCCGCCAUUUAUAAAUGUAAAGAGGUUGGUUACACGUUAUUGGAAAACGCGAGUAACAAAAGGAAUUCAGUUUUUAUCGCUGCUGAAUACAUUAGGCCACCUCCCAAAAUAGGGUAUAUAAUUUAGUACGAGUCUGUCCUAAACAGGGUCAUAAAAUUGAGGGUUUUGUCCUUAACAGUUUGUGUAUUUUAGGAAUUUUUUGUCCUAAACAGGGCCAGGGCUUCAAUUUAGUCGAGUUUUUAAACAUUAGGGUUCGUGGCCUUAUAAUUCUGUUUUAAUGCUGUUUUAUUUCAUUUUGCACCUAAAAAAAGUGAGUCCAACGCAAUGUCAAAUUACAUACCGCAGAAUGCUGACUAUUCAGAUUAUUCCAACGUUAAACUUCUUUAUAUCCUAGGUGGAGCUGUUUUCAUCAGCAGAAAAGGUCCGAGAAACCAGAGCGUCAAAUCGUCGUUCAAUGAGUUAUAAUGAUAUAAGAGACGCGCUGCCCAAUCGCGGGCUCUAUAUUUCAGAGCAAGACCUGCGCGUUGCAGAUCUUCAAGAAAAAGGAAGCUGUAAGAAACAAAGUCGCUCAUUAAGCUUUACGUCAGUGGGCCUCAAGGAGUUUGCAAGCAAAAAGAAAGCAGAAGAACAGUUCUGUAAAUCUUUAACCUCAUUAAACUUUAGGAAAAGUUCUACCCAGUCCGAGCGUGGUUUUCUCAAAGCAGAGGUUAAGGACGAAAAACACCGUCCACGCAGUCCCUCCUUUAGUUUUUUCUCGAGGAAUAUCAAGGACCUUUCUAAUAAAGGAAAGCGGGCGGAAAAUGUUGCAGCUGAAAUUAGUGACACCGUAGAUGCCACCAACAAUAUCGCAUCGUUUCUAGAAUUACCAACGAGACCUUUGGUAUCAAGCCCAAUUGUGAGAAGACGUUCUUCUGCGUUAAGCCCAGUCCAGAAGUUGAAAAAUGAAUCUUAUGAAGAACCCAGCAUGAAGUUGUGUCCCCUGCCGAAAAUUUGUAUAACGCCAUCCCAUAGUGAUACAGAAGAUGUCCCAGUUACUUCGUGCAUGCAGGGUGAUGAAGAAUGCCAAACGUUAGUUGAUUUUUUUAGUGAGAACUUGGUCAUUCAGGUUGAUAGAGGAGACGAGAAGAGAAAUGAUACCCCAGAUGAAGAGUUUCGAAAUAAGCGGUUGCAUGAAUUGAAAGCCUGUGAGAAUAUGAAGAAACACGAUAAACAUCAUUCAACAGAGAAACAACAACAAGUAAGCAAGCGUUCCGAUAUUCAAGAAAUAAAAGCUGAGGAACCGUUUGAGGAUUUUUGUGAAAUAAGAGAGCUAAAGAAAGGAAUACAUGGAAUGCAGCUCAGUAAAAGGAAGGAAGACAUUGACGUGGUAGGUCAGAGGAGAAGCACCGCUGAUGAUGAGAGAGACCUGGAGACUCCUGUUCAAGCAGAGAAGUUUUUAUUGAACGAAGCAAGAAAUUCAGGUUCGAAAGAUUCAUUCCAGGCAAAUCACAUCACCUAUUACGCUGUCAGCCCGUACGAAGCUCGGGAACCCUGGGAAAUAACACUCUACAAAGGGGAUGAGGUAAAAGUGGAAAAGAAAGCUCGCAGUGGAUGGUGGUUAGUACGAGUAAAUGAAGUUGUUGGAUGGGCACCUUCUAAUUUCCUGGCUGACGUAACAAGCACAUAUCAGAAUGAGGAUAGCCCUGUAAAUGAUGAAUCAGGCGUCAAUCAAGGAAGAAAGCAGCCAGACUGUGAUGGCAGUGAGUACGAAAGCAGUGAUGGUAGCGAAGAUGACAAUGUUGAUCGUGGCGUCGAUUAUGAUGCUGCUGUUUGCGCUGAUGAUGAUGAUGAUGAUGAUGAUGAUGAUGAUGAUGAUGGUAGUGAGUACGAUGAUGGCGGUAAAUACGAAGGCGACUACGAUGAUGUAUACGAUAAUCAUGACGAUAAGAAUAGCAAUGACAGCGAUAGAUAUGACGAUGAUGAUGAUGAUGAUGAUGAUGAUGAUGAUGAUGCUGAUAAUGAUGAUAACGUCUUUGAUAGCAGUAAGUUUUAGGAACGAUUUUAUGUUUUACUCGGUUCCGUACUUUUCCAGUGGAAAUAACCUUUCAACAUAAAAAUUGUCUGUAGUAUCACUUUCACAUAUAUUUUUUAUGUAUCAUGCGGCAUUUAGCAUAUGGAGCCAACAAGGAAGCUCUUAAAACGAGUUGUUUAAUUAGCUAACAGUAGUUUAAUGACCCAAGAAACUUCCCUAAAAACACGAACAGAGGUGUUGUCUGCAAAGGCCAGUGACCAUGUUAGUGAAAAAGGUGUAAACUGCAUUGCUCAAACGUUCGCCGGCAAUUCAUGUGGUAUGGGCUAUUUUCAUCUUGAUUGCAUUUAAAAGCAUUUUCUGCAGUUUGUGGUCUCUAGUCUAAUCAGUAAGGGUAGGUGCGUGUAAAAAUAUUGCCAAAAAUAAUAAGAAAAGCUUUAGUUCUGUGAUUGUGUAUUCCACCUUUUUUUAAACCCAGCCCUGUUCGAAUUGUCUCAGUUUUUGUAAUGUCAGUUUAUAUUUGCACGAUUUGAGUUGUAUGUGUGUUUUAUUAAAUCAAUUCAACCCGCUAAAUAUUCUUAAUAUGUUUUGAAUCGUGAACAAAACCCUUAAAAUUUCAUGACUGAAUAUUACUCAUCUGUUAAGUCCUGUGUUUUUGAAUUUGUUUCAGGAAGAGCACACAUUCGGAGGUUGGCCGCCUGGAAGCAGCGACAAUUUUCGGCUGUAAGUGUAAAACAGCCAAUAGAGGAUAUCCAUUGCGUUUUUACCUCUAAAUUGUGUAAUUAUUAUAAUCGGACCCGCUAGACACUAGAAGGGUUCUUUCCCUGCGAAUAGGGAGCAAAUCCUGAUAGCGUCCCUGUUUUCGAUGCCUGCCCCUGCACAACCCUUUUUUCAGGACCGAGAACUGGUAUCUAUUUUGUGCCGUAGCUGAUUUACCAGACUGAACAUGCAGUAAAAUCUCUUUUCCAACCUUCCUUCCUGUCCGACGCAAUUAAAAUUUGAAAUUUUACCAGCCAUAGACAGUAAAAAAUUCGAGAAAAACACGUAGUGUACAAACUGAUCUGAGAUAUGCGUUACUGACCUUGCUUGAGGUUAAGAUGGCUGGAUAAAAAGUCCUUUUACAUUUUUAUGAACACUGCCCACGUACUCCUCCCCUAAGCCAACAUUAACACUUCCUUCUCACUUAGGGCAAAAUGUUGGUUUAGGGGAAGGGGUAGGUGGGCAGUUUCCCUGAAACGUAUAAUAAGCCAAUAUCUAGUCUCUACAUUGACUGAACGGUGGCAAGUUAGGUCAAUAAAGGAUUUUUUAUAUGGUCAACGAGGCAACUUUUUCUUAGCGCGAACAACGCGGGAAAUCCCUAUUGGGUAACAUUAAGGCAAAUCUUAACCACUUGGCAGCUAGCCAAUCCGCCAGCACGGGAGUCGCCUCAUACUGCUCUUUCGGGCCAGUGCUAAGCUGUGCUAAUAGAAUUUCUUUCAUCAAUUUUAACCCUUUAACCCCUAAAAGUGACCAAAAUUGAGAAAAACUUCAAUUUCCCAGCUCCUCAAUUUAAAAAAGGAGGUAUUGGUGCCAUAUACUCAUAGAAAAGUAUUGAAGUUAUAUUUAAAUCGCCACCCUAUUUUAAAGAGUCAUUUCCACGGAUUAUGCUGUGUACCUACUAAUUAUUCAUUCUGAGUUCCCAGUCCUAUGCAUUCGUUUCAAAUACAUCGUGACGUUUAUUAGGGCCACGAAAAAUACGAAUGAAAAUAUGUCGUCUUGUCAGUCCAUUGUAAUGGUUAUUGAUAUAUAUAUUUAUCCAACUUUCAAAGGUUCAAAAGCGAGGAAGUUUGGUCGACUCCUACAAGGAAACACGUGCCUCGAAAUGGGCCCCUGGUAACCACUUUUGGCUUGAGCCAACAAGUUACAGGGGCCGUACUGUCAUCAGAAGCUCAUCCGAGACAGAGAGUUCCUCUAACAAUAGUACGAGGCAAAGAAGAAGAGAUAGUAGACAAUACAGAGCCUUCUUCGAUAACAAUCUACGCUAUAGGAAGAGAGGAUUGAGUCAGGGGAGACGCCGUUUCGACUCGUUCAGACCAAACAGGGAGGAAGGUUUUAUGCUUCCUGAAGCCAAGGAUUAUUCAGCCUCUAAAGGGAAGGGUGGCAAGAAAAGAUCUCCGUUAAUAAAACAGCAAAGAGUGGCUUCAUAUGAUUCCGGAUAUCCCGCAGAAGACGAGAGAAGAAAGGGAAUCAAGACGAUUAAACAGUCUGUCUCGCAAGGUAGUGCUAUGGUCAGCAAUAAGAUGCGGCAUCCGGCAUUAUGCAGAAAAUGUCGAACUCUCACUACAGAUGGUUAUGCUGUCGGAAAUUGGUUUACACCGGAUUUGAAUGCCUGUGAAUAUUCAGAUGACGAGGUGUUUGACGAUAUCAGGCGAAGUGAUUCUUGGUGCGGUGAUUUUGAAGUUCCCCCGUAUAAUCUUCGAGAGAGGAGGGAAACGAGGGCAAGAACAAAUUGUCACGAAAAUCGAUAUAAACCCAAAGCCACCCCAAACAACUCAGGACACCUCACUCGAGAACGCAGACAUAGAAGUGCUUAUCAAGCCAUGGCCAUGUAUCAAGCUAUGUCGGAAAACGAGAUUGAUCUUUAUGAAGGAGAUAAAGUAAAAGUUAUCCGUAAAAGCAGGAGCGGUUGGUGGUACGUGAAUAUUGAUCAUGAAGAAGGCUGGGCACCGUCAAACUUCCUGAAACCAAUUCCGUGGUGUGGCAAAUAA